UUCCAGUAAAUGGAUACAAGUUGUUUUCUAGGAGGCACAGCCCAAGCACUAGCAGCUUCGCUACUGGUGGCGUGGGUCAUAAUAGGAAUUCGCCUCCAUGGCACCUCCACCAAAAGGAAAACACUGCCCGAACCACCGGGAUGGCCGCUUAUCGGCCACCUCCACCUGCUCAUGGGCAACAAGCCCCUGCACCGCGUGCUAGCAUCGCUCGCCGAUCACCAUGGCCUGAUCAUGAAAUUGCGAAUGGGCCAGAAGCCAACCGUGGUGGUGAGUGAUGCAGAUAUCGCAAAGGAGUGCCUCACCACACAUGACCGUGCCUUCGCCGGUCGCCCCAAGUUGGCCGUGGGUAGGUUCCUCGGUUUCGACUAUACCGCAUUUGUUUGGGCCUCCUACGGCCCCUUGUGGCAGGACCUCCGCAAGGUGUGUAAAGUGGAGCUGCUAUCAACUAGUCGGCUUGAAACGCUCAGCCAUGUCCGAGAUGAAGAGACUGCAAAUUGCAUAAAGAGAUUAUAUGGGGUGUGGGAAGCAGGAAGGAAGGAGGAGGGCGAUAAGGUGCAAGUGGGCAUGAGGGCGCACAUGGUGGAUAUGGUGAUAAAUGUUAUCAGAAGGAUGGUUGGGGGAUGGGGCAGUUUGAGGCUGGGUUCUAAAGAGGAGGUGGUGAAGUUCAAGGAAUUGGUGGAGGAGGUGUUCUAUGUGAGUGGCUUGCCGAACUUGGGGAACGUUCUGCCUCUAUUGGGCUGGAUCGAUCUACAGGGCUCCCAACGGACCAUGAAGAAAGUGGCAAAGAAGAUAAGUGCCAUUUCUCAAUUGUGGUUGGACGAGCGGCGACAGGCGAGGCAAGCGGUGGCUGUAGAUGGCGAGAAGGUUACAGAUUUCUUGGAUGUGAUGUUAUCCCUGUCGGAUGACCCGAAGAUCGUUUCGCUAUCUGAAUCGACUCCCCAAAGGAGGGAUAUGAUAAUCAAGGCUACACUUCUGGUGAUCGUAUUCGGUGCAACGGACACUUCUUCGGUGACUCUGGAAUGGGCUGUGGCUGCUCUAUUGAGCAAUCCAGAGGCCAUGAGGAAAGUGAAAGAGGAGCUCAACACAAAGAUCGGAAAGGAAAGAAGGGUGGAGGAGGUUGACAUAGCCAACCUCCCUUACCUACAGGCCGUUAUCAAGGAGACACUGAGGCUGUACCCACCAGCCCCAAUCCUCAUCCCACAUGAAUCCAUGGAAGACUGCAUGGUGGCCGGGUUCCACAUGCCUGCCGGCACCCAACUGAUCAUAAAUGCAUGGAAGAUACAAAGGGACCCAAGGUGGUGGGAGCGGCCCCUCGAGUUUGAGCCGGAGAGGUUCAUAGGGAGCAAGGUGGACAUGAAAGGGCAACAUUUUCAGUUCUUACCAUUCGGGGCAGGCCGGCGAGCAUGUCCCGGCACGUCCCUCGCGCUCUCAAUCUUGCAUUUGGCACUGGCCCGCCUCCUCCAUAGCUUUGAUUGGCACCUCCCUCUUGGCUGCUCUUCACUUGACAUGACCGAGGGCAUGGGUCUCACCAGCCCAAGGGCCUCACCUUUGGAAGCUCUCAUGGAGCCUUCUCUUCCCUUUGAGUUACUGUGUGAGAAUUGAAAACCUUAAAGCUUGUUUGUCUCAUAAAAGCUAUCCCCUUCCAUAGUGCUUAGUAACUUGGAGACUCUUAGGCAUCUAGUUGAGGAGUCAAUAAUCUGCUGGAAUUUCUUUUGAUUCCUCAUUGUUAAAUCUACAUAUAUG